AUGUCGGGAGAUUUGGGAUACUCAAAGCACCAGCUGCAGGUUUCAAUGUACCUGUCAUAUACUAUGGUCAGCGGUGUGAGAAGAAGAUGCAAAGACAUAGCUAAGAACGGUGCCUCGACAUCGGGAAAGUACGACAUUUUCGAUGCAAUGCUCAAUGUGACUUGCAGUCAGAACCUGGCUUUGUAUCGGCAUUAAUACAAUCGUUCUCCUUGGGCAAGAAGGCCAAUUUUGCUAUGACUCAAAGUAACGAUGAAAUGGAGUGGAAAUUGUAA